AUGCCGUUCGGCCUCCAACCACCAACAGGUCUGCCCAUGCAUGCCAUGCAGCACCCGCCGCCGGCGCCGAUGGACUUCGCUGCCCCAGUGCACGCCGGCACUCCGUCUACUCCGACAUGGGACGCCAACAGCAUCGCCAACUCCCUCAAUGCCAUGACGCUGCAGCAGCCGUCCGACCAGUGGUACAUGGACACCAGCGCCACCGCGCAUAUGUCAUCCGGCUCUGAAACGGUCUACUGUCGCCAACCUACCGGCUUCGUCGACGCCAAGCACCCCGACGUCGUAUGUUGCCUGAAUCGUUCUCUCUACGGCCUCAAACAGGCUCCCCGGGCCUGGUUCGAGCGCUUCAAAGCGUUUGUUCUUGGACUUGGCUUCACGGCGGCAAAAUCGGAUUCUUCACUGUUCAUCUUUCGGAGCUCUCUCGGUACUGCGUACCUUCUACUGUACGUUGAUGACAUAAUAUUGACAGCAUCAAGCGCCUCUUUGCUGCAACGCAUCAUCACAGCCCUCAGCUCGGAAUUUUCAAUGAAGGACAUGGGCCCUCUACACCACUUCCUCGGCGUCCAAGUCCACCGCAGUGGUUAUACAAUGCUCCUGCAUCAGGAGAAAUAUGCCACCGAUCUCCUUGAUCGCGCCGGCAUGACGUCGUGCAAGCCAUGCUCAACUCCGGUCGACACUUCGUCCAAGUUGUCUUCCGCCGUCGGCGCUGCCGUUGCAGACCCGACAGCAUAUCGCAGCAUGGCCGGAGCUCUCCAAUAUCUGACAUUCACAAGGCCAGACAUAGCAUAUGCAGUACAACAAAUAUGUCUACACAUGCAUGAUCCACGUGAAGGUCACUUGAACCUGGUGAAGCGAGUUCUUCGCUAUAUCGAAGGUACACUUUGUCACGGCAUACUUCUGUCGGCUUCGUCGCCACACGAGCUCACCGCUUACUCGGAUGCCGACUGGGCUGGGUGCCCUGACACUCGCCGAUCGAUGUCGGGCUUCUGCGUCUUCCUCGGCUCCAAUUUGCUGUCUUGGUCUGCCAAGCGCCAGCCUACCGUCUCGCGAUCAAGUGCCGAAGCUGAGUACCGCGCCGUCGCUAACGCGGUCGCCGAAACAACCUGGAUUCGACAACUCCUCCGCGAGCUUCAUCAACCGCUUCACCGAGCUACGGUCGUCUUCUGCGACAGCAUCUCUGCCGUCUACAUGUCAGCUAAUCCUGUGCAGCACCAACAAACAAAACACAUUAAACUUGAUCUGCACUUUGUCCGUGAGCGCGUUGCUCUCGGCCAAGUUCGAGUUCUUCAUGUCCCGUCGUCCGCCUAG